ACAGUCAACCGGCGAGCAGACGCCGGAUCAGUGCGGGCUUGGGCUGUUCACGGGACCUGACGGAGAAAACCCCCCUGCCGUAGACUCGUCGGAGGACUUUUUUCGCAAGCGUCGCCAGCGACGCCGAGAGCACGCGCGUGUUGUGUGUGUUUCUUCUUCGACGGCGCGUGCUGCGAGACCUUCGGAGAGAAAAGAACCUUUCCGGGCUACACAACGGCCAAGAAUCGAGCCGUCCUGCCAAGUCCGGUAUAACCCGUGCAAGGCUGGCUUGCAAAGAAGUACAGUAGCUCCAAAGGUGACGGCAGCUGAAAGACUCCAAAGCCAGAAAUGCAGUGGGGCGCCUUGGUUUUAUUCCUCGGUGCGGUUGCAUCGCAUGUUGCUGAUGGCGGCUACAUCUUCACGGCGCCGAAAAUAUUGCGUAGCGAAACGGACGCCCUGUUUCGACUAACGCUCACUGACGUCAAAGAAGAUGGCAAGGUCACCGUCCGGCUCCUCAAGUACAAUAACGACAGCGUCGUCCUGGCGGAACAAGAGUACGACAUCAAGAACGGUGAAAGUGCCUUUCUACCGUUCCGAGUGCCCGAGCAUCUCGACAGUCAAGCAAAGAUCGAAGUAAACGGAACCUUCGGAAACUAUGUCUUCGGCGACCGGAAGGAGAUCGACUUCCAGAAGUCCAAAAACACUGUUCUUGUUCAGUCGGAUAAGGCACUAUACAAGCCGGGGCAGAAAGUUCAAUUCCGUGUGCUGCCUAUCAAUAACGAGCUGAAGCCUGUCACGGAUGUCAAGGCUACCAUUUAUGUCACGAGCCCCAGCGACGUUAGGAUAGCUCAGUGGAACGAUGUCUCUUUUGAAAAAGGCAUCGUUCAGCGAGAUUUCCAGCUCACAGAAGAGCCUGAGCUGGGUCUGUGGCAGAUCGUCGUCGAACUUCCCACACAAACUGUAAGACAGCACUUCGAAGUUAACGAAUACGUGUUGCCGAAGUUCGAGGUUACCAUAAAGCCGCCAUCCUACGUUCUCGCUGAUGCCAAGGAAAUCACGUGGAAGAUUUGCGCCCACUACACCUUUGGCCAGCCUGUCGAUGGAACCUUGACAGUGAACGUGACGUAUGAGCGCUACAGCUGGGAGAAGGACGAUUACCCCAAGAUCAACCACACGGGACCCAUCAACGGCUGCUUCGACAUGACGGUUAACACGACGCUACUUCGUUUCAACGAGAACUAUGAGAUCUACAAGCGCAUCUCGCUCGUGGCACAAGUGAAUGAGACCGGAACUGGUGUGACGAUGAACAAGACGAACUUCAUCAGUCGCAGUUUCAACCCUCUCGAGCUCAACUUUUUGGAAGGAGAACACGGAAAGAAUUACUUCAAGCCUACCAUGCCCUUCUACGGCAGGCUUCUAGUGAAGAAGCCCGACGGCGUUCCUGUGGGCGGAGAACUCGUGCAGCUUUGUUUGCUGUCACAGUCUGAGGAGAUUAAGCCGCGCUGGUGGCGCACGGACCGCCGACUCAGCUGCAAGAACUACACCUCGGACGAGUCUGGCAUCAUCAAGUUCACCAUUCCGCCGCUCAAGGCCAGCGUGGUCACCAUCAGCGUCGAGGCGGUGGCGAUGAACUACGAGACUGUGAAGUACGACACGUACGGCGUGAAGAUCAACCAGCCCAAGAGCACGCUCUACCUCCAGGCCUGGUACUCGGCGAGCAACAACUUCAUCCAGGUCGAGCCGUCCAAGGGCCCCAUUCCCUGCGCGGGAAAAUACUCCUUGCGCCUGCGAUACACGGGCGAACCCGACACCCAGAAGCAGUUCCACUUCCAGGUCAUGGCUCGCGGCAAGAUACUCAAGGACAAGGUCGAGGAUGUCGCCUUCAAGCCCGACGAGGUGGUUCCAGUUGACGCCAGCUUCUUGGUGGAGGAAGACUUGAACGAGACCCUUCCCAGCAAUAUGGCAGAGGGCUCCGCGUCAACUGGAAGCUUCGAGUUUGAACUCGAACCGGACUUCAGCUACGUACCGCGAGUUAUAGUGCUGGCUUUCUACGUUCGUCCCGACGGUGAAGUCAUCGCGGACGCCGAGCAGUUCGAAGUGGAAAAGUGCCUCCAGAACAACGUGACUAUGAGAUUCGGCUCAGACACAGUCCAACCAGCGACUUCCGCCGCGAUCCACGUGAAUGGCUCUCCCCGUUCCUAUUGCGGCGUGGGCGUCGUAGACAAGAGUGUUCACCUUCUCAAACAGGAUAAUCAGCUGACCAAGGACAAAGUAUACGACAUCUUGAAGCGUUUGGACAUCACCCGAUACACGUGGCCAAAGCAGGCGUCCUACGACUAUUGCCGAAAGCAACUGGCGAAGAACCCACAGCAAUACAAGCGGAACAUCUGGAACGGACCGAGGUCUUCGAAUGUUGAAUACGUCGAUUCCAUCACAGCUUUUGACGAAUCUGGAGUGGUGGUCAUGUCAGAUCUGACGCUCGAAACAAGGCCGUGCAGAAAGAACAUCUACGACAGACCACCAUAUGCCCUUGCAGCGCCAGCGAGUGUCCGGGAUGCCGAGGAGUACGACGAUGAGCAGCUAGACAUUGCAGUCCUGCGGAGUAGCGGAGCCCGCCAUAGAGGUGGCAUGCCCGGUGUUCCCGUCGCCUUGGACUCCGUGGCACAGAGUGCUCCGUCGGCCAACAUCCCGGCAAAGUCGGCAGUCGAGGUGCGCACCUACUUCCCGGAGACUUGGCUGUGGGAACUCAAGGAACUCGACGAGCAUGGGGAACUGAGCUUCAAGGAGAAGAUUCCGCACACCAUCACCGAGUGGGUGGGCAGCACCGUGUGCAUCAACUCUGAGGAUGGCAUCGGCGUCUCGGAUCCGGCAAAGAUCAAGGCGUUCCAGCCGUUCUUCGCUUCCUUCAACCUGCCAUACUCAGUGGUGCGCGGGGAGCUUGUGCCCGUCAAGGUGUCCGUGUUCAACUACCUCGAAAAGUGCCUACCGGUUGACCUGAAGUUGGCCGAGUCCGCGGACUACCACAUCGAGGGCGAGUCGGAAACAACCCUCUGCGUGUGCGGCAGCAAGAGCCAGGUGCACAAGUUCCAGAUCAGGCCGCAGACUAUCGGAGAGGUGAACCUGACUGUGUCGGCGGCCGGAUCGAACAGCGACACCGCCUGCGGAGAGCAGCCCACGGAGAAGGUGGUGGCCAGGGAUGCCGUCACCAGGCCGCUCAUCAUUGAGGCUGAAGGUUUCGAGAAGGAAGAGACUCAGAGUGUCUUCGUAUGCCCUAAAGAUGCUGGAGAAGAGGGCGCGAAGAACGAGUUUGACUUGGUUCUUCCUGAAGAUUUAGUGGAGGGAUCGGCCCGCGCCUACGUUUCUGUGACAGGAGACAUUAUGGGUCCCGCCAUAAAGAACCUGGACUCGCUGGUGCAAGUGCCCACAGGAUGCGGAGAGCAGAACAUGGUGAAGUUCACGCCCAACGUCUACGUGCUCGACUAUCUGAAGGCUACCGGAAAGAACCAGAAAGAGAUCGAGAGGAAAGCCGUGAACAACCUCAAGACAGGUUAUCAACGCCAGCAGAAAUACAAGCAUUAUGACGGCUCGUACAGUGCCUUUGGAAACAGCGAUUCAUCGGGCAGCAUGUUCCUUACGGCGUUCGUGGUGAAAUCAUUCAAGCAGGCCGAGAACUACAUACCUAUUGACGCCGGAAACCUCAACGAGAGCAUUAAGUGGAUUAUCACUAAACAGAAGACCAACGGCUGCUUCCAGAACGUCGGCACUGUUCUCAGCUCUGGCCUCAAGGGCAAGGUGAACUCGACUGCUCCGGGUGCACUUACGGCAUACGUAUUGACAGCUCUGCUAGAGGGCGGCCUUGCCGACGCCCAGGUCGUGGAGUCUGCGCUCCGCUGCAUCAGCGCUCAACGUGACCCGAGCGCCCAUAACCUGGCGCUCUCUGCCUACGCCGCUGCGCUGGCGGGACACGAGUCUGCCAAGGAGUACCUUGAAAAGCUGGAAUCUAUUGCUGUUCACAAGGGUGGCCUCACAUACUGGAGCAACGCCGGCAAGAAGGGCCCUUCAGUGUCGGCCGAUGUGGAGACGGCGGCGUACGCGGUGCUCGCGUACCUCAAGCUCAACCCUCAAGAGAACCUCAACAAGGCGCAGCCGAUUGUUCGCUGGAUGGCAACCAAGAGAAACAGCCGCGGAGGCUUCCCGUCUACACAGGACACGGUCCUCGGUCUCCAGGCUCUCUCUGCGUUCGCCACAUUUGUCAGCAAGGACCCCGUGGACAUCGCAGUUAAAGUCGAUGGCAAUGACGUUAGCGAGUCCUACAACCUGAAGGAGGACACCAAGCUGGUUGUACAGGAGAAGAAGGUCGUGAACUUGCCCAACAAGCUUACUUCCGAAGCGACGGGCCCCGGAUGCGCUUUGGUGUCGACUACACUGAAGUACAACGUCCACACUCCACCCAAGAGCGAAGGCUUUGAACUUACUGCCACUCCGUCCAAGGAGGCAUCAGACUGCAACGACCACAAACUCAAAAUUUGCCUCAGGUACGAUGGCGAGCAGCCCUCUAACAUGGCAGUACUGGAGCUCAAGCUUGUGUCCGGCUACAUCCCUGACGAGGACCACAUUUAUAGCCUAUACCGCGAGAAAGACGUCAAGCUGAAGAGGCACGAAGUUGAGAAGAAUCAAGUGAACUUCUACUUUGAAGAAAUAACGUCAGAAAACAAGUGCUUCGACGUACGCCUUCACCGCGAGUUUGCCAUUGAGGACGCCAAGCCCGCUACAGUUAAAGUCUACGACUAUUAUGAGCAAGAAAACAGCAACUCUGUGCCCUACUCCCUUGUGGCGUCCUGCUAGUGAACAUCAACCAUCAAUUUUCACCUUUCUUUUUUCUUUUACUCGCGCUCUUUCGUUCGAACAAACGCGACAAGACAAUACGAGUCACAAACACACCAUUACGUCAAACACGUAUUUACCUUCUCGCUAGUUUUUUUUUCACCAGAAUCAUGCUUUUUCGCUUCGUCUAUAGUGUUCACCACCAAAGGCUUUUUUAUACCGGUCACACUUUUUAAGACGAACGUACGAGUACUUAUACGUGCCAUGUUGCGAACCAAGACGGGGGAAAGAAAAAAAAAGGAAAUAAUGGCUUCCACCGCGCGCACCACGAAGCAAGACAACGGCCAACACGAUGUUUAAUUCUCAUCUCUGGGUAGGGGCGGAGGACUAAAGAUGCGCGGCUACUGUGUGCGUGUGUAUGUGUGUGCGUGAACAAAGUCGUGCAUUUGUGACGUCGCCGUGUUGAGUUUUCCGUAGAGCAUUCUAGCGAGCCGAGUGGAAGAGUAGCUUUAUAUAUUUUGUACUUGCGAGACGAUAAGCACGUUGUCAUCUGCGAGACUUCACUGUUACAAAUAGUGUCAUGAAGAGCAAAUAAAGCUAAAUUUUUCCACA